AUGGGCAAAUCCCGCUCGGUCACGGUUACUAUAGCUUAUCUCUUACGACAAUAUCCCGAACACACCGUUGCGUCAGCACUCUCACUAAUCCAGGAGUCGCGGCCGAUUGCGGAACCGAAUGAUGGUUUUAUGGCGCAAUUGGAACUCUACAAGGAAAUGGGCUGUCCGAGAGAUAUCGAAGCACAUCCUCGAUAUCAGCGAUGGCUGUAUCGCCAAGAAGUGGACGUGGCGCUUGCGGCCGGCAUGGCACCAGAACGAGUAAGGUUCGAGGAUGAGGAAACACAGGAGGGAGGAAUCUCAGAAGGGAACGAAGUCGAGUUGAGAUGUAGGAAAUGUCGCCGCACACUAGCUACGAGCCCCUAUCUUAUCACCCAUCUUCCUUCAGCCUCAAAAACAGCCCCCACACCAUCACCGAAGUCUCCAAUCGCUUCGCUCGAUUCACCUCCAGACCACGUUGCAUGCACUCACCACUUCCUACACCCGCUCUCCUGGAUGCGGCCAGCGCUAGACCAGGGACUACUCAGCGGUCGACUAGAAUGCCCGAACCAGAAGUGCUUAGCACAGAUCGGCCGCUAUGCUUGGCAAGGCAUGCGGUGCAGUUGCGGCAUAUGGAUUUUGCCGGCUUUUAGCUUGCAUAAGGGACGGGUAGACGAGGUCACCAAAAGGCCUGAGAAGGUCCAAAGUCAGGGGGCGGGAAAGGAUGGGUUCGGAGUAGCGAGUGUUGGUGCGGCGGAUGAGUCUGGGGGUAUUCGGCUGCCGCCUGGAAUGAGGGGCAAGGGAAACCUUUGA